UACGAUAUAAGAAUAACCUGAAAUGAAUUUAUUUGAAAUUAUGACAUUUACAAUGUGAUUUAUUGGUAAUAUUUACAGUUUCCGGAUAUUCUGCAUUCACCGUUGGGUUAUCCUAAUGCUGAAUCUGCAUUUUGUUGGCACUAAACCUCUUGCCCGUUUUUUUUUCUUCUUCAGUUUGUCUCGGCGGAGGAAUCUCAUUUCAACAGUACCGCAGCAGCAGGAGUCGCACUACCGCACCCGAAGGUGCGUAAAAAGACUUCCGCCGCCAUGGUUAGGCCCCCAGCUACAGGUCUAAGCAACUAAAAUAUCCCUCGGAGGAACAAUUUGGAUUAAAAAUUUGCUAAAAACUAAGAAGAGAUUGCUCGGUUGUUAAACAUAGCGUGUCGCAGCCGGAAUUAACCGUGCAAGCACGGUGAGAGUCACGAGAAGGAUUACAGCGACACGGAUAGAGCUGCGGCGACGAAAUAAACAGCAGCAAAAGAAAAACGUCCAGCUCCUGCUGACAUUUUAUAUCCCGACAUAGCAGCUAAAAUCGGUGAAUCAGAGCGCAGAGAUGCCGGGCAUGAUGGAUAAGGGCUCGGAUUAUUUAGGGAAGGGUCGCUCAAAUGGCACCAAAAGUCCAUCCACAGCCUCUAACGGACAUUUUUCUGACGAAAGUGGCAGCGAGGACGAACACGAUGUAGGAAUGCGUGUUGGAGCAGACUACCAGGCCACAAUCCCCGACUUUGAGCCCGGUGCCACCAAGUACACAGAUAAAGACAGCGGAGGGAUGCUGGUUUGGUCUCCUUAUCACACCAUUAUUGACUCCAAACUUGAUGAAUACAUUGCUAUUGCCAAAGAAAAACAUGGAUAUAACGUGGAACAGGCUCUUGGCAUGCUCUUCUGGCACAAACACAAUAUUGAGAAAUCUCUGGCCGACUUGCCAAAUUUCACCCCGUUCCCAGAUGAGUGGACAGUGGAGGACAAAGUGUUGUUUGAACAGGCCUUUAGUUUCCACGGAAAGAGCUUUCACCGCAUCCAGCAGAUGUUACCGGACAAAUCCAUCUCCAGUCUGGUAAAGUACUACUAUUCAUGGAAAAAGACGCGUUCCAGAACAAGUCUGAUGGACAGACAGGCUCGUAAAUUGGCCAGUAGGAGCAACCAGGAUGAGAGUGAUGAGGAGAUAGAGGAUGCCAAUCCCAUUGAAGCCAACGACAGUGACUAUGACCCCAACAAGGAAACUAAGAAAGAGGGUCUGACAAGCCCCCCAGUGCCAGGAUCUAAGGUAGCUUUGGGUCGUAGGGAGCAUCAGACCCUGCAGCACCGGCAUCACCAACGCUCCCGCUGUCGUCCCCCCAAAGGCAUGUACCUGACCCAGGAGGAUGUUGUGGCCGUCUCCUGCAGUUCCUCCGCUGCAAACACCCUUCUGCGUCAGCUGGAUAUGGAGCUGGUGUCUCUCAAGAGACAGGUCCAGAAUGCCAAACAGAUAAACAGUGGACUGAAACACAUGUUGGAGUCUGGGAUUGAAGACUUCAGACUACCUGAGUGUAACCAGAAGGUGAAUGCCCGCUGGACUACAGAUGAGCAACUCCUGGCUGUUCAAGGUGUCAGGAAGUAUGGAAAAGACUUCCAAGCCAUCGCAGACGUAAUCGGUAAUAAAACGGUAGGGCAGGUGAAGAACUUUUUUGUGAACUACAGGCGGCGAUUCAACCUGGAAGAGGUCCUGCAGGAGUGGGAAGCAGAGCAGGGAACCAAAGCUCCCAAUGGAGACAGUGCCACUUUGGGAGAGGAGGGAAAGAACAGCUCAAACACUCCAUCAGGAAAGAGCACAGAUGAAGAGGAUGAUGAGGGUCAAGUCACUUCAUUAGGUGCAUCCCCUGCUGCCUCUUCAUCAUCUUCAGCUCAGACUCCAAUGAUAUCUAGUACCUCCUCCUCUUCCCUCCACCAACCUCCUCCCCUUCUGCGCCCCUCCCUCCCAGCCACACCCUCUCUGCACCGUCAGCCCCCACCACUCCAACAGCAAGCCCGCUUCUUGCAGCCCCGAUCCACGCUGCAGCAGCCCCCGCCUCUCAUCCGUCCCUCCCCAAUGCCACCCCGCCUUAACCCCCGACCUUCUGGUCCCUUGACCCUCAGUGGAAACCCUGCAGGGUCAGGUCUAAGCUCUGCCCAGCAAUGCUCCAGCCUGACUGUCCACCAGUCGGACACAACCUCAUCUUCCUCAAUCCACUAACAAAUGACACACUAUUUUUGUUUAAGAAAUGUCUAAGUCUUAACAUAAAGCUGUCUGAAAGACUGCUGCAUUCAGGUCCCGUGGGAAUAUCUGGUCAUAUCCCUCAAAACAUUAACAGUGACUUUUAUUGCUACUGCUAAUAACCAAUUCUUUUAUGACAUAGCGAUAUACAGUCAGGUGAAAAAGAAAGUACAACCUCCUUCAAUUCUUAGGUUUUAAAUAUUGGGAAAAGGGCUGUCAUGAUACUUAAAUUUAAUAACAACCUCAGUCACGAUAUAAUAAUAAUAAAAAAAAUCAUCUAGACCUUCAUCUGGCUCUAAAAUGAUUUCAAUAAAACAUUAGAUGAAUAACAACAUAUGACAUUUUACAGUUACACAUGACAUACACUACCUUCAAAGGUUUGGACACACCUUCUCAUUUAAUUGUUUUUUCUUUAUUUUCAUGAAUACUUACAUUGUAGGUUCUCACUAAAGGCAUCAAAACUUUGAAGGAACACAUAUAGAAUAUAUAUGUAGUAAGCAAAAAAGUGUGAAAUAACUCAAAACAUGUUUUAGAAUUUAGACUCUUCAAAACAGCCACCCUUGGCACUCUUGGCAUUCUCUCGAUUAGUUUCAUGAGGUUGUCACCUGAAAUGGAUAUCCAAAAGUCUUGAAGGAGCUCGCGGAGAUGUUGAACACUUGUUGGCCCUUUUGCCUUUACUCAGCGGUCCAUGUCAUCCCAAGCCAUGUCGACUGGGUUUAGGUGAGGUGACUGUGGAGGCCAGCGCUCCAUCACUCUCCUUCUUGGUCAAAUAGCCCUUACACAUCCUGAAGAUGUGUUUGGAUGGGAUGACAUGUCGCUGUAGGAUGGUGUGGAGCCAUGCUGGUUCAGUGUGCCUGCAAUUUUGAAAAAAUCCCCAACAGUGUCACCAACAAAGCACCCGCAAACAAUCACACCUCACCUCCAUGCUUCUCCUUCAGUUCUUAAAGUCAUGAUAGACUGUCAUGUCUCUUUACUUAGCUGAUUGGUUGUUGCCAUAAUAUGAAUUCUACCAGUUGUCAAAUAGGGCUAUCA